CAGUGCUGCAGUCGAGAGGAAUCAUUCUCUCUCAACAAACAGGACUUCAGGUCAGCAGUACAACCAACAUGGCCGCAGCCAGCAGUCUCCUCUCUGAAGAUCACUUUCUGUGCUCCAUCUGCCUGGAUGUGUUCGCUGAGCCAGUCACAGUACCGUGUGGGCACAACUUCUGCAAGAGCUGCAUCACAGAACUCUGGGACGCUAACGGCCAGUGUAAAUGUCCCAUGUGUGAUAAAAGCUUUGACAGGAGACCAGCGCUGUAUGUCAACACUUUCGUAUCUGAGAUUGUUUCUCAGUUCAGGCUGUCAGUUCAAAAUCAGAAUAACAGCAGCUCAGAGGAGCAUUAUGUCAACACGGGAGAUGUUCUGUGUGACCUCUGCGCCGAAACCAAACGGGACGCCCUGAAGUCCUGCCUGGUGUGUUUGGCCUCCUACUGUGAGACUCACCUGGAGCCUCAUCGCAGAGUCGCAGGCCUGAGAAGACACAAGCUGAUCGAUCCUGUGGAGAACCUGGAAGGCCGGGUGUGUACGAAGCACGAGAGACCUCUGGAGAUGUUCUGUAAAACUGACCAGAUGUGCGUGUGUCAGUUCUGUACUGAGUCGGAUCACAAGCUUCAUCACAUUGUUCCUCUGGAAGAAGAAUAUGGCGGGAGGAUGGCUGAGCUGGGAGCGACAGAGGCUGAAGUUCGGCAGAUGAUCCAGGAGAGGCGACUGAAGAUUGAGCAGAUCGAGCAGUCAGUGAAGCUCAGCAGGGAAGAUGCGGAUAGACGGACAGCGGAGAGUGUUCAGGUCUUCACUGCUCUGAUCCAGUCUGUUCAGAGGAGUCUGGCUGAGCGCAUUGACACGAUUCAAGAGGAGCAGAAAACUACAGAAGCGCAGGCUGAAGGCUUCGUCAGAGAGCUGGAAGAGGAAAUCCUGAAGCUGACGAAGAGAAGCGCCGAGCUGCAGCAGCUCUCACGCAGCGGAGACCACCUCCAGUUCCUCCGAAGCUUCCCAUCCUUGAACCCUGCUCCACCCACCAAGGACUGGACUGAGGUCAGAGUUCACCCAUCACCUGAAAGACCUAUAAGGAGAGCACUGGCUCAGCUGGAGGAGACACUCAGUAAAGAGACUGAGAGGCUGUGUGUUCACGCUGAGCUGAAGAGAGCCCAGCAGUACGCCGUGGAUGUGACCCUGGAUCCAGAAACGGCAAAUCCCCAUCUCAUCCUGUCUGAUGAUGGGAAGCAAGUCAGUCACGGGGACGUGAGACGGAAUCUCCCAGACAGCGAAACGAGAUUCUCAUGUUUGUCUGUUCUAGGAAAGCAGAGUUUCUCCUCAGGACGGUUUUACUAUGAAGUUCAGGUUACAGGGAAGACUAACUGGAUUUUAGGAGUGGCCAGGGAGUCUAUCAGCAGAGCGGGCAACAUCACAUGGACCCCUGCCAAUGGCUUCUGGUGUGUACGCCUGAUGAAUGAAACAGGGUAUGAAGUUGCUGGAUCGUCGGCUCACCUCUCUUUGAAGUCGAAGCCUCAGAAGGUGGGGGUGUUUGUGGAUUACGAGGAGGGUCUGGUCUCGUUUUAUGAAACAGAUGCCUCGGCUCUCAUCCACUCCUUCACUGGCUGUAACUUCACCGAGAAACUCUACCCAUAUUUCAGUCCCUGCCAUAACUGCGAUGGUAAAAACUCAAGCCCCCUCAUCAUUUGCUCCCUCGGUAACACCGAAUAGGCUUUUUCGUGAAAAGAGUCACCGACAUCUGACGUCACGAGGGCACGCAACGCUUUCCCAGCCAAUCACGGCUGACCGGAACAGGUCAACGCCUUUCCGAGAAACACACAAGCGCUCACUGGCUGCACCUGAUUGGACCCACGGGACAUGUGCUCUGGGAUUCGAAGAGCGAAAUGUGUUUCUGAAGACAUUUCAACUUACCGUGUAGGCGUGUGCAGUUAGUUCGAACUUCAACCUCACCGCUAGACACCACUAAAACCCUAAAACACUGGUCGUUUAACUUACGCCAUGUCCCAUUUUAUUCAGAUUCCGAAGAAAAUCUGCAAUAGGCUUCUCCACGUGACUGUUAUUUCAGUGGGUUUUCCAACCUGCAAAAAAUAUAAGACCUGUAAAGGUGUUCUUGAAAUGCAUUUUGGAAUGUAACGCCUUUCGAUCCAUUUCAGAAUAGUGCACUGCUGGGCGUGCUCCACUGGGAGGCGCCAGAGAAGCAGUCAGCAUCCUUCAGUGCAGCUUGUGUGGUUUCAGUGGUGCAGCGUUCAGGAGCUGCAGAACAACUGAUGCUCUGAUGAAACUUGUUUCCACUAAAUUGCAUGACAUUUAAAUAGUAGACAGUUUGUGAAUGAAAAACACAGAAACCGUGACAUAGAAUAGAAUAGAAUUGACUGUAAAAAAAAAAAA